CCUACAGAAUGUGCUUGAACACCGGCUACCCGUGCGACUGCCUGGCCGCCGGAAAACCCUGCGAGCCCUGCAGGGCGGCCAAAAGCGGGGACGGUCAGGGGCAACACGAUUCCCCGUACGGCGCGGCGGCGGAGAACCCGGGGGAGCUCGACCACUCUGACAAAAAACCCAAUAAGGAGAGAGACCGAAACUGGGGAUGGAUUCUGUCCGGGGUCAUCUUCAUCAACAUCUUGAUGCUGGGAAUCGCGCUAGUCAGCGGCAGCGCGUACGAGCACGUGGACAUCAGCAUGUCCGACCUGCAGGUUUUCCUGGUCGUCAUCCUCAUCCUCACUUGCAUCUGGAUGGUCUACUACAUCAUCUACACGGCCAGGAUGGAAAACGCCGUGGCGUACCGGGACCAACACGCCGGGCCCGUCUGGCUCAGAGGAGGAAUGGUGCUAUUCGGCCUCCUCAGUAUCAUCAUGGACAUCUUCAAGAUAGCCAGCUAUGUCGGCUACCUCCACUGCGACUCGGCCAUCAAAAUCGUUUUUCCCGUGGUCCAACUUGUUUUUAUUUUCAUUCAGACGUACUUCAUGUGGGUCCACGCGAAGGACUGCGUACAGCUCCAAAGGAACCUAACGCGAUGCGGCCUGAUGCUCUCCCUCUCCAUCAAUCUGGUUUUGUGGAUGGCCGCCGUGACGGACGAGUCCCUCCACCAAACGGGGCACCCCGAGGGCGAGCACGGCGGCGGUCACGGCAACGACUCGCAUGACUCCUACGAACACCACGGCAACGAUUCGCACCAUUCCGACGAGCACCACGGCAACGGCUCUCACAAGUUUCACGGAUACGGACGGAGCGUCUACAUCAGUAAAGCGAGUUUUGGUGAGGACCAGUGCGAAUGCAGCCACACUUCCUGCGCCAUGUUCAAAGAGGCCUACUUCUACCUGUACCCCUUCAAUAUUGAGUACAGCCUCUUCGCUUCGGCCAUGGCUUACGUGAUGUGGAAAAACGUGGGCCGGCUGGGCGAGGCCCACGACCCGCACGGCCACGGCCACGCCCACAAGUUCCACCUGAAAGACGCGGUGGUGGGCCCCGUGGUGGGAGUCCUCCUAGUCUUCGCGGCCCUGGCCACUUUCAUCGUGUACGAGAUGGACAUGAAGGAGGAUAAGGAGGACGACCACAGCAAGCGGGACCAGGCGCUGCUCAUCCACUUCAUCAUCAACAUCGUCAUCAUCAGCCUCAUGCUGGUGGCCACUUUGGUGGGCGCCACCAUCUACAAGCUGGAUCGGCGGGAGCACGAUUCGGAGAAGAACCCCACUCGAAGCUUGGACGUGGGGCUACUGGUGGGAACCUCCAUGGGCCAGUUCAUCAUCAGCUACUUCACCAUUGUGGCCAUGGUGGCGUCGGGAGCCCAGGGCCACCUCAACAGGCUCAACCUGACCUGGGCCAUCAUGAUGGUGCUCCAGAUCGGGCUGCAGAACUUCUUCAUCGUGGAGGGGCUCCACCGGGAGCCUUUCCACGAGGAGGAGCACCACGAGGCCGUGACCUCGGUGACCAACGUCUACGCGGUAGAGCACUACAGUAAAGAGAGCAACGGUGACGAGAGAUCCGAUAUAAGCUUCAAGAACGACCUGGAGCCUCCGCCGCUGGCCGCGUUCAACCUCAUGACGCACUACCCGCACAAAUUGACCUGGAAGAGGCGGGUUCUCAAGGAGGUUUCCGUCUUCCUCAUGCUGGCCAACAUUAUUCUGUGGAUCAUGCCGGCAUUCGGCGCUCGCCCCCAGUUCGACCACCCGGCCGAAACGGAAUUCUACGACUUCAACAUCUGGGCCGCUAUCGUCAACGUGGGACUGCCUUUCGCUAUUUUUUAUCGCAUGCACUCGGUGGCCGCCCUCUUAGAAGUUUUUGUCAUCUCAUGAGCGGAUGACCAAGUUUACUUUUUUCUGUCAAUACCAGCAGUCCCCAAAUUUUUAGCAGACCGGUUUCACGUAAACCAUAUUUUUGCAAAGCGGUAUUUUAUCAAUCAAACAAAUACAACUAAACCCUGUGGCCGAAUGUCGUUUCUGGAGCCGGUCAGGGGAGAUCACGACGCCUGAAGUGCGCCGCUUGUUUUGUUUGCAAAAAAAUCCCACUUCAAAAGAUAGGAUGUUCAAAACGAAAGAAUUUCUGGCUGUUUGGAACACUUCAUUUGCUAGCCCGUCAUCGCAAAUGACGCACCAAAUGCGAUCAUCACAUUUAUGUAAGACUGCUGCUGUUAUCUCUAAUGGUAGACUCUUUCUUGCUGACUCGUCUUUCAGUCUUUUUCCUUUUUCAAAGAUGAGAUUCAUUUUUGCUCAUUUUAUGCUAGCUUGUGGGCUUACUUGUUGACAUACAAUGUCGUGUUAUGGAGAUUUGUGUACAGAAACACCUACUACUAAAUGACAACUUCUUUAAGACUCGGACAUAGACUUCAUAAUAUAUUGACAUGACAUGUGGCGCAGGGCCGAUCCGUAUGGGGCCUAUUUUGAAAAAAUAAACUAAAGCUGCUACCCACCUAAAACCAAAACAUGCACCUACCUUAGCCCUAUAUGAGUCUCCAUGAGCAGCGGUAUCAAAAAAUUUGUUCUCUUAUAAAAUCCCGAUUAAUUAUUUUGUUAUAUAAGUAUAACAAAAUGUAAAAUGGCUAUAAAAUUCUCAGAUUUUACGCUAGAUACACAAAAAUCACCAAAUGCAGAGAUAAUCACCUCUAUUUUCAGGAUCAAUAGCAAUAUUUAACAAAUCAUAUAAGUUUUUUUGACCAAAAUAGCAACUUAAAUUUUUUUCAACAGCGAAUAAAUCACUCAAUUUUCACAUCAGAAACUUAAUACUUGAGGAAAACAUUCAGAAUCAAUUAUAAAUCAUUUAUAAAUAGAUUAUUCAUGAAUUUUAUAUGCAAUUACAGCUUAUUAUAGAACAGAAUAGCCCUUUAUUGUCAUUAUACAGUUGUAUAGUUAGUUAUAUAGUUGUAGUGAAUGAAGCUAGCGGCCGCCUGACGUAAACAGAGCUUUUCUGGUGAAAAUUCUUGUGAAUAAAUUCCCGAAUUUUUCAUAGAUAUGGACGUAAAACCGGCUCGAUUCUUGGUUAAAAGCAAAAAAAAAAGUGCAGUUAGGGUUUAUUUUAUGAAAAUAUGUCAAAGUGCAAUGCUACUCUGUUAGCAACUGAGGCUAGCGGCCGCCUGACGUAAACGGAGCUUUUCUGGUGAAAAUUCUUGUGAAUAAAUGCUUAAAUCCCCGAAUUUUUUAUAUAUAUGGACGUAAAACAGCCUCGAUUAUUGGUUAAAGCAAAAAAAAAAACAUGCAGUUAGCGUUUAUUUUAUGUAAAUACGUCGAAGUACAAUGCUACUGUGUUAGCAACUGAGGCUAGCGGCUGCCUGACGUAAACAGAGCUUUCUGGUGAAAAUUAUUGUGAAUAAAUGCUUAAAACCCCGAAUUCUUUCUAGAUAUGGACUUAAAACAGUCUCGAUUCUUGGUUAAAAGCAACAACAAAAAAAACGUGCAUUUAGCGUUUAUUUUACAUAAAUAUGUCGAAGUACAAUGCCAUUCUGUUAGCAACUGAGGCUAGCAGCCGCCUGACGUAAACAGAGCUUUUUUGGUGAAAAUUAAUGUGAAUAAAUGCUUAAAUCCCUAAAUUCUUCAUAGAUACGGACGGAAAACAAUCUUGAUUCUUGAUUACAAAAAAACGUGCAUUUAGCGUUUAUUUUACGUAAAUAUGUCGAAGUACAAUGCUACUCUGUUAGCGACUGACACUAGCGGCUGCCUGACGUAAAGAGAGCUUUUCUGGUGAAAAUUCUCUUGAAUAAAUUCUUAAAUCCCCAAUUUCUUAAUAGAUAUGGAUGUAAAACAGUCUCGAUUCUUGGUUAAAAGCAAAAAAAAAACUGUGUAGUUAGCCUUCAUUUUACGUAAAUAUGGCGAACUAUGAUGCCAAUGCAGUUGCGGCUGAUUUCUCCCAUUGAUUUUUUUCACAACGUUUAAAAAUGCAUGCAUGGUACGAAAAAUAAAAUAAAUACCUUGAAUCCUCAAACAAAUCAGACAAUCCUUCCGGUUUGUAGGCUAUGUGGUACAUCUUUUGUACUUCUUGUACUGUCUUCAAAUGGCUAUGACUAAAUGAAGCUCAGCCCCCUAUGGUAAGGCGUUACGCAAAGAAUGGCGAAGUGUCAGGUCAAUAGAGUUUUGAAGUAUAUGACUCGGAUAAACGCUUCAAAUAUUUUUCAGUCGCUCUAUGUGCUCAGUACAAGGUGGUUGGGGAUCUGGUCUAUACCACUUAUCCUAUUCGGGGUCAUAGGGCAGUUGGCGCUAGCUUACUCCAGCAAACUUUAGGGAUAAAGGCUAAAGGCCUGGACUAAUUACCAUGCAGUUAAUCACAAGACACCUUUCCACACUCCCAAUUUAGGGUGUUUACUUGACCUAACGUACAUGAGAAAACCCAUUCAAGCACAGGAAAACAUGCCAACACCUUGUUUCUGUGCUGUGUAAGGCUGACGUGCUCGCCAUGUCAACCAUUUUUUUGUAGAGUAUAAAUGUGAAAUUUGUGCUGAUUGUAAUUUUUCUUCCCGUGUUAAUGUCGCGACUGAUGUUGUUGCUGUCAAUGUUUUGAAUUAAUUUAAAGUAUUUCUAUUAUUAUGUAAAUGUAUUUGUGAAAGUGUAAUGUUCAAAUGAGUGAAAAUAAAUUAAUUGCUCUGUUUAUGAAAUUUAGCUUGUGUAUGCAAAGAAAAAAAAAAAAAGAAAAAAAGAAUAAAAUUUAUUUGAGGUGGUGGGGAUGAUUGCCUUUAUGAUAUUUGUCAUUUAGAUGCAACCGCUAGUUAACCGCAAGUUAAUUUAACCAAAGGGAAUUAAAAUGGCGGCCAUCUAUUUUGGAGACAAAGGGGAACAAGUUCAAGGGCAGAGAGGAGUUCCAAACAAAGUUUGCA